AUGUCAAGAGACAGAGUCACAAAGCAGGCAGCUGAAUAUGUCCCAGAGAAGGUGAAGAAAGCCAAAAAGAAAUUAGAAGAGAAUCCAAAUGACUUUGAUGCUUGCAGCAUUCUCAUUCAAGAGGCACAGAAUCAACCUAUAGACAAAGCAUGGAAGACUUAUGAAUGCCUUAUUGCCCAGUUCCCCAGUUCUGGCAGGUUCUGGAAACUGGGUAUUGAAGCAAAGAUGAUGACAUAG